AUGAUUGGGUCAUUCUUCUACCAGAUACAGAUCACGGGAGUUCACCGUGUAGCCAUCUACAAGGCGGCAUUCGUCCUGCUGGCAGACAAAACACAUCCAGGGCUGAUGGGAUCACGAUUCGAAGAUGUCUAUCCCGAGAUAGUCGGCGCUAUUGACCCGGUUUUUACACAAGCCGAAGUUACGAGGAUGGCAUCACCAGUCAUCGAUCUUCCUCUGACUGUCGAACGAAAUGACUUCUGGGAGGAGACCUUCUUCAACGGCAAUUUUGUUCCCAUCAUGCUACUGGAUGGUGGUGUGGGCGAGUUCGCCAAUAAUGUCCAGCAAGUGACAAAACAGAUCCUAAGUGAAAGACGUACCCAAAUGUUCAAUCUCAUGUCAGCUUCAAAGGACCAGUUCACAAGCACGAGUGUUCAUGGACAUAUCACAUCUUGCCUCAACACAAACAGGUUAGACGUCCCAUUUGCUUGCCUAUGGGAGGUCGACACCGAAAACGAUGAUGGCAACCAUGAGCUCAUCCGACUUGACGGGCUGGGUUUGGCUGCGACCACCGAGGUCAAUCAACGUACGAAACUUCUCGACAACAUAGGCUUUAUGCCUCUGCUUGCUGCCGCUCGAAAGAAAAUAACCACGAUUGCAUUUGACAAGAGCUUGGGGAGUAUGGACUGGGAAAACGUGACUUGGGGAGGGCACGGUAAAGAGCCGCGGUUCCUUACCUGUAUUCCCCUUUUGAGUGGUGACCGUUCUUACGGGUUCUUGCUUGUUGGAAACAAUCAAUUGCGACCACUCGACGAUGGUCAUCACCAAUUCAUGGCGGACCUUCAAAACUAUGCGACUUCUGCUGUUGCUGCUACAGUUAGCGCCGACGAGGCCUUGCAAAGAAACCAAAAGUUACAGGAUCAGUUGAUUGAAACUGAGCGCCAGAUCAGAUACAUGGCUCAACAUUCCGAUACCGGGAUGGUACAGCUGGGGCUAGAUGGUAAUCUCAUUUGGGCAAACGAGCACUACCGAUUCAUGGUGAAUCACGAAGACGAAUGUAAACCACGUCGAACAUUCAUCGACGAGGCACAACUUUUAGAAGAGGAUCAUAUUUAUGCUAGAGAGGUGUGGCAGCAAGUGUGA